CUGGCAGUCCUUGCACCAAAUAAUUUACAAUCUAAAUAUUCUCCACCUGCUCCCCAAGAAAUGCUCUGCUCCAAAUGUAUUAUAUCCAGGUGAAACUCUGUGAUUUUGAUUUGCAUUAGUCCAUGUCAUCAUUUUCUUCAGUUCUGAUCUUUACAUUUCCAAAUGAAUCUGAGACUCAAGUGAAAACAUCUGAACAUCACCUGGCCUUGCAUGAAAAAGUUGCUUGUUUUUCAUGCAAAUCCUUGGAUUAAUACCAGGGUUGCUCUGUCUCUGUUUUUGAUGCAAACAUUUUGCACAACUCUACUUGUUGCUGAUAAACUGCAAAUGGGGAGGAAAAGGUGGGGAGGGUGUGUGUGGAUGUGUAUUUAAAUAAGUGUUUAGAUUUAUUUAGUAAUACUGAGAAUUUCUAGCGGCUGUAGCAGCUAAUCCGACUACUUGGCCAGAAAUUAGACGUGUCCUUCAAUUUAUAAAGUGUUUGAGAUGGGAGCUAACUUGUGCGGCAAAGUUGAGACCCAAAGAUGAUAAGCUUCCCUGAAGGGGAGGUCAAAUUUGGCUUCUUCCACAAAGCGGCCUGAGUGCCAAAUUGAGAUGUGGGCCCAACUUCCCCCGAAUGUGCUCUGUGUAGGGAUCUGGUCCACGUCUUCAGAUCCGUGAGUAACAUAAACCCACUGGGAAAAGGAGCGUGUGCGCCCCUCAUCUUGCUGCGCAAGGUCUAGCGUAAUGUCAGGACUCCAGAAAUAACGAGAGCUUGGCGCAGACUGAGGUCCGAGCUGGGCGUCUUGGGACAGGAAUUUGAGCGCAUUAGGACCUGGAGGGAGCGGGGCGCUCACUACUCUGGGCUGCUGCGAGCGAAGAGUCAAGGGCAAAGAAACGUGGCUGUCGAAGCGGUGGGUGGGGAAGUGUCCCGCAGCCAGAGUUGGAUCCGAGAGGGAGGGGAGCCGCGGGACGGCUGCCAGGGCUCGCUCCGGAGCAGCGCUGCGCUGCGCUGGGUGGCAGCGCCUCUGUCAAUCAGCCUGACUCCACUCCCGCACGCCCUGUGUUCUCCAGUGCUGCGCUCCAGCUGCCUCCUCGUGUCUCCGCUCGCUGCGAGCUGACAGAGCGGCCGCCGCUGCUGCCGGGUGCAUGCACCGGGGGACCGGAGCGGGACUGAGGCGUCCCGGGGCGGCGCCGGGCUGCCCUCAGUUGGUGCUGGGUAGCGGCGGGGAACUUUAACGCUGGCUCCAAGUGUUGGGCUCGGUCUGCGGUUCAGCUGCAAUGGAUCCUCCAGCGGGGAUCGCCUGUCUGCUGCUCUGCUGUGCGCUCUUCCUGCCCGGGAGCGCCCUGCAGAGCUCCAGGGAGAGAGAUCCUAUUUUGAGGAACAUAGAGGAAUACAGACUUGUCGUCCCAAUCAGCACAGAUUCAGAAGGCAGAUUCCUAUCUAACCUGGUGUCUGGACCUCCAAGGGGGCGCUUCCGAAGAGAUGCUGGGGAUAUGCAACUUGAAGCUUCAAAUGAGCAAAUAUUUUAUAAUAUCACUGUUUUUGGAAGAGAGUUUCACUUCAGGCUGAGACUGAACUCUAGGCUGGUUGCCCCUGGAGCACGAAUUGAAUGGCAAGAGGAUUCUAAUGUGACUCAUAUUGAACCACUCCAUGGGAAUUGCCUAUAUGUUGGGGAUAUCACUGAUUUGCCUAACGCUUCAGUUGCUAUAAGCAACUGUGAUGGGCUGGCUGGCAUGAUUCGCACAGACAAGGACGAGUUCUUCAUUGAGCCUCAGGAGAAGGGCAGUCAGGAGGAAGACGGAGGCAGGACACAUGUGGUAUAUCGCAGAGCAGCUGUGAAGAAGCCACUUCUCACCAAGAACUCAGAUAUCCAGUAUAAAGCAGCUGACCUGAGUAAUCUGGAUAACCUUGUCAAUAUGCUGAGCCUCAUUGAAGACCGAGUAAAUAGCUCAAGAAAGAGAUAUCGGAGGCAUGCGACUGAUGAUGACUACAACAUUGAAGUUCUCCUGGGAGUUGAUGACUCAGUUGUGCAGUUCCAUGGAAAAGAACAUGUACAAAAGUACCUUCUGACCCUGAUGAAUAUCGUGAAUGAAAUCUACCAUGAUGAGUCCUUAGGUGCCCACAUUAAUGUUGUUUUGGUGAGGAUAAUCAUGCUGAGCCAUGGGAAAUCCAUGAGCUUAAUAGAGAUUGGGAACCCUUCCCAGAGUUUGGAGAAUGUAUGUCGCUGGGCCUAUCUACAACAGAAGCCUGACACUGCACAUGCAGAAUAUCAUGACCAUGCUAUUUUUCUCACAAGGCAGGAUUUUGGUCCAUCUGGCAUGCAAGGCUAUGCUCCAGUUACUGGAAUGUGUCAUCCUGUAAGAAGUUGUACCCUCAACCAUGAAGAUGGUUUUUCCUCUGCAUUUGUGGUGGCCCAUGAAACUGGGCACGUAUUAGGCAUGGAGCAUGAUGGUCAGGGCAACAGGUGUGGGGAUGAGGUCCGAAUGGGGAGCAUCAUGGCCCCUCUUGUCCAGGCUGCAUUCCAUCGCUUCCACUGGUCUCGCUGUAGUCAACAAGAGCUGAACAGAUAUCUACAUUCCUAUGAUUGUCUGCGUGAUGAUCCUUUUGAACAUGAUUGGCCUUCCCUUCCCCAGCUGCCAGGAAUUCACUACUCCAUGAAUGAGCAGUGCCGUUUUGAUUUUGGUUUGGGCUACAUGAUGUGCACAGCUUUCCGUACAUUUGAUCCCUGCAAGCAGCUGUGGUGUAGCCAUCCCGAUAACCCUUAUUUCUGCAAAACAAAGAAGGGACCACCACUGGAUGGGACUAUGUGCGCGCCUGGAAAGCACUGCUUUAAAGGUCACUGCAUCUGGUUAACUCCAGAUAUCUUGAAACAGGAUGGAAAUUGGGGAGCAUGGAGUAAGUUUGGCUCCUGUUCUCGAACCUGCGGUACGGGGGUAAAAUACAGGACACGGCAAUGUGACAAUCCAUACCCAGCUAAUGGAGGCCGUACAUGCAUAGGACCAACCUAUGAGUUCCAGCUUUGCAACACUCAAGAUUGUCCUCAGGAUUCUGAUGAUUUUAGAGAGGAGCAGUGUAGACAAUGGGAUCCAUACUUUGAAUAUCAGAAUACAAAACACCACUGGCUCCCAUAUGAGCAUCUCGAUGCUAAAGAAAGGUGCCGCCUGUACUGUGAGUCCAAGGAGACUGGUGACGUCGUGUAUAUGAAACGAAUGGUACAUGAUGGAACCCGCUGCUCAUAUAAAGAUUUUUAUAGCAUCUGUGUGCGAGGGGAUUGUUUGAAAGUUGGAUGUGACAGGGUAAUAGGUUCCUCUAAGCAAGAGGAUAAGUGUGGUGUCUGUGGUGGAGAUAACUCUCACUGCAAGGUGGUGAAAGGAACGUUCUCCGGGACACCAAAGAAACCAGGGUACAUUAAGAUGUUUGAAAUUCCUGCUGGUGCAAGGCACUUGCUUGUACAAGAAACAGAUGCCACCAUUCAUAAUCUUGCAAUUAAGAACCAAGAAACAGGGAAAUUCAUUUUAAAUGAAGACAACUAUGUACCGGAUUCUAAAAUAUUUGUUGACAUGGGUGUGGAGUGGGAAUACCGGAAUGAUGAUGAUAGAGAAACAGUGCAGACCAUGGGGCCUUUGCGCAAUGGUAUAGCCAUUCUGGUGAUUCCUCAUGGUGGUGCCAAGGUUUCUUUGACUUACAAAUACAUGAUCCAUGAAGACUCCUUAAAUGUAGAUAACAACAAUGUUUUGGAGGAUGAUUCAGUAACAUAUGAAUGGGCUCUGAAAAAAUGGUCCCAGUGUUCAAAACCCUGUGGAGGAGGUAAUCAGUUUACGAAAUAUGGUUGCCGGAGGAAGACAGACCACAAGAUGGUUCAUCGGAGAUACUGCGAGACGAUCCAAAAGCCAAAGCCUAUUCGCAGAGUGUGCAAUCCGCAGGAAUGUUCCCAACCAAUAUGGGUUACAGGAGAUUGGGAGCCCUGCAGCAAAAGCUGUGGAAAAACAGGAUAUCAAGUACGUUCUGUACGGUGUAUCCAACCCCUACAUGACAACACAAAUCGUUCUGUUCAUACCAAAUAUUGCAACAAUGAUCGUCCAGAAGGCAGAAGGUCUUGCAAUCGAGCACUUUGUCCUGCCCAGUGGAGGAUAGGACCCUGGUCACAGUGCUCUGUAACUUGUGGAAAUGGCACACAGGAACGACAGGUUUUGUGCCGGACUAGAGACAAUGCUAGUGGCUAUUGUAAAGAUGACAAACCGGAAACAGUGAGGAUCUGCAGACUAUCUCUGUGCCCUAGAAAUGUUUCUGAUCCAUCAAAGAAAACUUAUAUGAUACAAUGGCUGUCAAGACCAGAUGGAGAUUAUCCCAUCCAGAAAAUAUCUUCAAGGGAACGUUGCCAAGGAGACAGGUCCAUGUUUUGUCGCAUGGAAGUUCUCUCUCGUUACUGUUCAAUGCCUGGUUACAAUAAGCUGUGUUGCAAGUCCUGUAACAUGUAUAACAACAUAACAGAGGAUGAUAAUGUAACUGAUUCUAACCUAAAUAAGAAUGACAUUGAGGAGGAUCUCCUACCUACCCUUACUACUCCUACUGGGGCGGUUGUCAUUCAGACUACUGCUAGUCCUCCUCUUGUUCCCAAAUCAAACGCCACCCAUUCCAAUGCAACUCAGGACCCCCCAGAAAUUAAUGCAGUAGACGUGUCAUAUAAAAUCGAUGGGCUGGACAAUGAAGUAGCUCAGCACAACCUCAUGCCCCGGAGGAGACUGACUUACGAAAGGACAAAGAACCAAAGAAUUCAGGAGCUGAUCGCUGAGAAAAGAAAAAGAGAGACUAUUAGUAAGCUACAUUAAAAUGGAAAUAUGGCACAAACGACAUUUUUUUCUCUUAUAGAGAUGUUACCGCCACCAUAGUAAUGCCCAUGUCAUAAAAACUAGAAAGAAAAAAGUGGUGCUAUGGCAGAAAUGCCAAAUCCUAAUGCCUAAACAAACAGAAAUGUAAGAUCGUUUCAUAAUGCUAGUAUAAACAUUUCAAUGGCUAGGUUUACAGGGUGCUAUAACGUACUAGUGCAAUAUCAGUACAGUAUUUCACUGAAUCCAAACAAACCUAUUAUCUAGCCCAGAUCAGCAGGUUUAUUGAUUAUGGGCUCUUUUCACCCCUCAAUGCAUUGCAUAACUCCCAGGGAAUGUGAAUGGGAGUUACAUUGAACAGGGAGGAGAACAGACCCCAUUACCUACAAAUGCCUUUAAUAGUGACAGUCGGUUGAUCAAGAGAAGCAUUGCAUCAAACCAAACACUAAAUUACUUCCAGAUUCAGGAAGGUAUUUAAGAACAUGCAGGACUUUAAACAUGCAAAUAGUCCCACUGCCUUAAAUGGAACUAUUCUCAUGGCUACACUUACAUGGACACUCGUGUACCUUUCUUAACUGGGAUCUUAUAUUUGAGAUUCUUUGUACAACCAUAUAUUUAAUUUCAGUUCAGAACUGAUAAUCAGUAGUUUGCAUGUUCCCAUAAACAAUUUCAAAGCAUUUUUCUAAGCAUUUGCAUCUAUAAAAAUUAUUUACUAUUUGACUGGACCUAUUCAAUUUAGACUGACAAUGUCCUAGUCUUUUGAAUAUCUUUAUUUCAUAAACUCCUGUAAUACAAUCUCCCCAAUGGUUUUAGUUGACAUUCUUUUCGGUCUACAUUUUAUCCACAUUCUGUUUAACUUAAAAUGACUGGAGUCUCUUUUCCUUUCCUUUCCUUUGGUGCUUCAUGAAGAAAGCGUAAUUGUGUGUGUUAACAUUUUCCAUGGUACAAUGUUAUGUCAUUCUGAAGGAAAACAAUGUGUAUUAUCAGUCUUUCCUUAGGACAGCUCUGGUGCAGCAGAAGUGAACAAUUGUUCAUCAUGCUUAUAUAUAAACAUGUACCAAGUUUGCUUAGAUCUUAGAGAUGUGUAGCCUGACAGCCCUUUGAGUACUUCCUUUCCCUGCAAUAUCUUCUGAUAGCUGAGGGCCUAUAUAAGCAACCUCACCAUUUUCCAUAGCUCAUUUUGGAUGGCUGGUAGGCAGAAGACACAUUCAACUUGGUGGUUUGUACCUUUUGGUGAGGCCUGCCUGCUUUCAAAUGCAAGGAUGCUACCAGCCGACUUACAGGAUAACUAAUGUGAAUAGUAGGUACUGAGCAUUUGAGCCAAAGACCACUACGCUCAGUGGAAAGGCUCCCAUUGACUUCUGUGGGUUUUGCAAACCCUGGAAUUUUGUAGGAGUAGGAAUUAAAAUCUUUGUGGGUGUGAGGUUUGUUAAUUUUGCUCUUGCCUACUGCGUUGACUUUCCCAUGUCUGCUCAAGCUUGUUAAUAUUUUCCAGGGGAUAAGGUCUCUUUGAAACUGUCAUUUCAUAUAGAAAAGACAGGCAGGGAUUAGGGCCACUUUGAUACUGCCAGUUCACGUAGAAAAGGCAAUUGAGAGGUGGCAAAAUGCUCUCAAUUCAAGUUUUUGAUCUUGAAGUGAGACCAUUACCUUGUAUCUUCUCAGUUGCACAGCUAGUUUGGGCAUAUGCUAAAUUCCCAAUGCAUAUAAGAUGUUACAUAGCUUAGUUGCAGCUGAAGCAAUGUUGAACCUUGCAGCCGGGCCCUCACUGAAAAGCAAACCACAACUGACUUUCUGCUGUCCAUGAUGGGGCCCCCAGUGCUGCUUUUAAAUGUUGUGAGUGAAUGGGUCACCUAGCUUCCAUUGCAGUGUCCCAGUUUAGAUUGGAAAGAGACAGCGCUAAUAGUAUCCCUGAGUGCACUGAAUUAUUGAAACCAGCAGCUGAAUCUAUGCCCAGAAAUUGUUGAAAGGACAAAAGCCAAGGGUUAACAAAAAUAAUUUAUAAACAAUGUUAGACAAAGUAGUAGAGAAGGGGCCAAUUUUAUCCCUGUUGUAAUGCCAUCAGCUUCACUUCCUCACAGAAUGAUAUGGAGGUCAAUUCAAAGUAAUGCUUCUGAAGUGAUAGGGGCAUACAGAACAGCCUAAAGUUACAUCAGGGCUUGAUAUAGGUAAAGACUCUUGUAACAUCCCUGUGCUCUCAGGUUUCAAAGUAUUAGAUCAAGCCAGAGAGACUCAAGGAGCUACGAUGCAUUAGCAGACUCUGAAACCUCUUUAAAGGGGCUAAUUGCUAAAGGGAGACAAAGAUCCACACUCUCCCCAUAUACACUGUACUUACACAACCUUUUCCAUUCUUUUCCUACAAUGACUCUUCUCUUGUGGCUGGUGGGAGAACGUUCCACUAAAGCAGGGGUUUCUUUUUGGUUCUAAAAAAUAAAAUUAAAGGUCCAGAUUGUACACUAACGCAGGCCAGGUUGGUGUAUGUGGUCAGUCAGUUGGUUGAAUUAAUGGCUUAGGUGAAGAUAAGAACUCAGAGAAGGGAAGAGCUGUCUUGAAGAUCUACCUAUCUCAUAGAAUGGGAAGGGACCCCAAAAGUUCAUGGAGUCUAGACCCCUGCCUAGCAGGACCAAGUACUGAUUUUGUCCUAGAUCCCUAAGUGGCCCCCUCAACGAUUGAACUCACAACCCUGGGUUUAGUAGGCUAAUGCUCAAACCACUGAGCUAUCCCUCCUCCCCCAGCUUAGUAUCAAACAGUUCCACAUUUGAUGCACAGUGCCAUCUUCUACAAUCCCCAAAUGCAUACAGUCUGCCAAAACCUUCAGCAGAAAUGGGACAACUACCUGUUUUGGCAAGGAAGAGAAAGGGCAGAAGAGAUAGUAGGAAAAUAUUGUUUGCAUGUAGCAGGGUGUACCCCACCCCCCAUGCUGUUUGUGAUGGAGAAGAGAAGUAGGAAAGAAGAUAGGCAGUGCAGAGAAGAGGAAAAGGAAGAAGCUGUAGGUGCAGCUGCUGGCUGAAGAUAGUUGGGUGAGUUUUCAUGAUUCCAGUGCUACUUUAGCUUAGCUAAGGCUUGAGAUUUUAUGCUACAUGCUCAGAAAGUGGUGAAGUUGCUAGCUGUGGUCCUGGCUCAUACAGAGGAUGAGUUUGGAGCACCUCAGAUGCAGCCCCAAUAGAUAUAUUAAUAUUUGGCACAGCACUGCAAGCUUAGCCCCUUGUGCUAUCAAAGGAGAUGCCAGCACCUGUAACAGAGGCACAAAGUUAUUAUUAAUCAUGUUUGUUACAUUGUUGCCUAAGGAUCAACCAAGAAUCCCCCACACACACUUGUACUAGGCACUGCACAGAAAGAUCCUGCCAUGAGACGACAGAUAAAUAGACGAGACAGACGACCUCUCUUUGUUUUUCCUGUGUGCUCCCAAGCAUUGCUGACUGUGACCUGUGCUGUCUGUUCGGUGCCCACAGCCAAGCACAGGCCUGCGCAUGUGGGAGUGUAACAUUAUGCAGCAGCAGCCUUUCCUGGGGGUUUCAGUGCAGCUAACAAGUUUAUCUGGCAGACCCUCACAGUCUGGUUCAGAGGCUGCCAUGUCACUUGCAUAAAAUAUGGAAGUGAAGUCAUGGGCUCCAAAAAGAAAAAAUUGGGCAACUUUUAUCUCAGAAAGUCUUAGCUAAAACAGCCCCUGUUCAGCUGCUAUGCAUAAAAUCUAGAUGCAGGAGAAAGCAGGGUAGGUUUGACUUCACAGCUUGUAGGAAUGAGCGCUAUUUUAUGCUUUUCGUGUUUCCCCUGCUCUAUUGUGAUAGUUCAACUUAAAGAAUACUCUCCUCUUUCCCUGUAUCACCCUAACUUUCGGUCUAUGAGGGCAAUGCAAUAAACAGGGACCCCCCCCCCAACAUAGCCAAACAGCAUGUCCAGUCACACAGUAAACUAGACAAACCUAUGUGUGGGGAAACCUUGAAGGUUUUGGAGCUAGGCAGGUAGCCACCAGACUCUAAGUCUCCACUUCCCCAGAAUUAUUUUCCCUCCAUCAGGCCAUGUGACCCCUUUCUCUCUACCCCCUUCUCUGCAUCCUUAAGUGUUGCCAUGGACUCCUCAUGCGGGGAGGAGUUGAUAGAUGCUUGCAAAAUUCAUUUGGUCGCUUUGAUGGAUAACAACCCUGUACUGUCCUCUGGCACCUUCUGGGGUCAUAUUUCCUUCUUCACAUAGAACCAGGAGAGAACACAUUUAAAUGGUUGCUGCUGCUCCUGAAUGCAUGGAAUAGGUUUAGCAAGCCAGGGUAGCCAGGAAGAAAUACAUGACAAAAAACCCACAACUCAAAGGUUGCCCUACAAUUUUCCCAUUACCUCCAUAGAGCGGGUGGAAUGCUGUGGGUUAGAAUCUAACAGAAAAACCACAUUUUCACUGAACCAUCCCACCCUAGGAAACAGUAAAUUUGCAGGGGGGAGGGCGUGUCUGCUUUUCUGUAUCAUUUCACACAGCUCUACCCUGCACCCAUGUUUUGCAUAGCAGCAAAUGACUAGAUGCAUUCUGCCUUAUGUUAGAACUAUAGGAGAGCCAGGGCCAAACCCUCUGGAGAUGAAACUUUUGUCAACCUCACGAGCUGCAUUUUGAGUUUCAAAGCUCGUUCAGAGUUCAGAAAUAGUUUGGCACUUCAACACUUUCCCCUGUCCCAAGAAUGAUUCAGUUCUUAAAAUCAUGUACCAAGCUCCAGGGAAGCCCAUCCUGUAUAGGAGAAACAGAACACUCCACAGAAAGCAAGGCUGGUACCAGUAUACAUAGGGUAUUCAUUAGGGGCCUGACUGAGCCAUGCCCACAAAAGUUAACAGGUGUCUUUCCACUGACCUAGAACUCUUUCCGUUUUCAGCUGUCUGUAUUGAGCUUUCACUCUGCCUUCUUGCUUUAUUUUUGACUAUUUUAAUUCCAGUGGGUUGCUUUUCCACCUUAGGCUUCCCCCCCCCCCAUGAAGUCAGUGACAUCUGAACACAAAUCAAACUCUUCAGUCCAUGUUGUUCAGCAGGGUAAGAUACUGGCCAAUGAGGGUUUGCCACUUUCUCUUUACAAUAUUUCCAUAUGAGAAAGAAUCUUACCCUAAACCAUAAGAACUGCAUUCCUUUAAACUGACCAUAGUAUUUCCAGUUCACAGAGAAGUGAAAAACCUAAAUACCUUUCAGGAUUUGGGCCACUCAGGUUAAGAGUAACCAACAUGAAGCAGUAAUUGGGGUCUGGCUCACAGUUGCUUUUGUUCCUUUUUAUGUGGUGGAAUAUAUGAAUUGUUUACAGGCCUGUUAAACUUCGGACCGCAGCUUCCUCUUGCACGGCUACUUUUAGUAGCAUAGCUAUAAACUGGGCAAAAACAAUUUUAUUACAUGGUCUUUAAAUGUUUAACCAUCGCCUAGGCAGUAGCUUUUGAUGCCUCCCAACCCCAGGGUACCAAUUUAACACAAUACCCAGAAAUAAAAGAAAGGAAUCUAUUUAGUUGUAGAUCUACUAUUUAUGUAGUGGCCACUGGCUGUCUGAUCUGAAAGCUGAAACAGCGUUCUCCCUUAAGAGAGAGGAUUUCCUGGUAGGUAUUCAUAUAGUCAUGGAGAUUAAGGGUUUAGGGGCCCAGCACCACGCCCAUUAAAUCCAACCACCAAAUUAAUACAUCCAGAUUUUGAAUGCAAGCCGAUCAACUUUCUAAAUUAAUCUUUCUUUGCUCAGUAUCUUAAAGAGACCCUAAAAAUUAACCAUAUUUCCUUUGUCUCCAAUCAACUCCCAUUUUUAACUCACCUAAUAUUCCCUUUAGAAUUCCUGUAAUCCAUGGUAUUCACUCACCAGUCCUGAUUUUAACACCUUCCAUUCAAUAUUUAGAUUCUCUCAGUACUCACUUAAAAUGCUUUAAGAUAUUUGAACAGUCUAUAAAUGGUGCUUUACUAGUACUCAAAGGGGCUGUAUGAUUUACUUUAUUAUAUAAUGCAUUUAAUAUUUUAUAUAAUCACCUACAAUGCACAGUAUUAGCUAUGUUCAUCUGAAUAACUGUAUGGCACUGCCAUUCAAUUACAAUACAUACGUCUUCACAGCAAUUGCAAUGAAUAGCCAUUUUUUGUAUAUUAAAAUGUAUAUACAAAUUAGAACU